AUGCCCGGCCCCGCAGCAGACACGGCUCUAUCGAUUCCAGAGCUGUUGGAGGCAAUUUCGCUCCACCUGGACAUGUCGACCGUCCUGUUGUCGGCUCAGCGCGUAAACAAGCACUGGUUGGCAACCAUCAAUGAUUCUAUCCGGCUCCAACAGCUCCUUUAUUUCAAGCCGAUCCCAUCCCCUAGACUACCUGCGUGGGCCUACUCAACCCCCGACAAUCCCUGGUAUCCCAGCACCACGAAAUCAAGAGACGUUAUGGCCUUUCUAAAUCCAUUGCUUUUCAAACAUUUUGGAACCGUUUUCUUCGAUUUAAGUCGUUGGGAUUCUUUUCACCGCGCCUAUGCCUUUACAACCCAUAUGCCCUGGUGGGCGGAUGAUCAUAGCAUUGCCGAUUGGAGUGAAAUGCCUGAAGAUGUGGAAUUGUCAUUGUCGGUCGAGCCUUUACCCCGUCAAAAAGCCUUUACUCGCGCGGGCGCCAGCUGGCGCCGAAUGCCGGUGUCUCAGCCCGCUCCCCUAGCGCUAGGUCAUACCUGGCAAGAGUACCCGGACAGAGAUAUCACCGUUUCGAAAGGUAUUAUCACCGAGACUCCAACUCCUUCAAUGUUGCUUCCAAUCUCUCGGACUGGUCUUUACAUGGGUUUACUUUAUGAUCUGAUUCAGUACCACGCUGGACAUCAUGAGCAAAGCUCGCUCUAUUUCCGGAUUUUGUGGGGUCAUCAGUGGCGUGAUUAUAAUGUUAUCAAGGCACAUGCCCGCACAUCCAACGAGCUACUCAAAGAAGUAGGAGUCGUUGUUCAAUUUGUCCAUAAAUGCGAUAGUAGAUCCAGGCAGCCUGCGGAUGUGAGAGCCUGGGACUCUGCGUUUAAGAGCGAGGACUUCCAGCUUCCAGAACACGAGACUGUGGAGGUUUGGAGGGGAAGCUGGGACGAUCCCGAUAAUUGA